AUGCAGGUGCAGAUUAACGGCGAGCUCCGCGAGUUCGAGGAGCCCCAGUCGGUCCAUAGCAUCGUAGCGGGGCUCGGCCUCGAUCCGCGCAAGAUCGCCGUCGAGCACAAUCUCGAAAUCGUGCCCCGGAGCGCCUACGACCGCACCGCCGUCGCCGCCGGCGACCGGUUGGAGAUCGUGCACUUCAUCGGCGGCGGCGCCGACCCUGCACCGGCCGCCGCGGACGACGACACCUGGGAGGUCGCCGGCCGGCGCUUCCGCUCGCGGCUGAUCGUCGGGACCGGCAAGUAUCGUGACUUCGAGCAGACCGCCGCGGCGCUGGACGCCUCCGGCGCCGAGAUCGUCACGGUCGCCGUCCGCCGGGUGAAUGUCACCGACCCGGGCACGCCGAUGCUGAUCGAUUACGUCGAUCCCAAGCGCUACACCUAUCUGCCCAACACCGCCGGCUGCUUCACCGGCGAGGACGCGGUGCGCACGCUGAGGCUCGCCCGCGAGGCCGGCGGCUGGUCGCUGGUCAAGCUCGAGGUGCUCGGCGAUCAGGAGACGCUCUAUCCCAACAUGCCCGAGACCCUCCACGCUGCCGAAGUCCUGAUCAAGGACGGCUUCGAGGUGAUGGUCUACUGCAGCGACGACCCGAUCAUGGCCAAGCGGCUGGAGGAUAUGGGCUGCGCCGCCAUCAUGCCGCUGGCGGCACCCAUCGGCUCCGGGCUCGGCGUGCAGAACCCGGUCGGCAUCCGCAUCAUCGUCGAACGCAUCGGCGUGCCCGUGCUGGUCGAUGCCGGUGUCGGCACGGCCUCCGACGCCGCCGUGGCGAUGGAGCUGGGGUGCGACGGGGUGCUGAUGAACACCGCCAUCGCCGGUGCCCGCGACCCGGUGCUGAUGGCGCACGCCAUGCGCCAUGCGGUGGAGGCGGGCCGGCUCGCCUAUCUCGCCGGCCGCAUGGCCAAGAAGCGCUAUGCCGACCCGUCGUCGCCGCUCGGCGGACUUAUCUGA